AAUGUACAAACAGCUGGGAGGACAAGAAGGAGCUUCAAUUGUGUGGCUGGAAUUCCUUGAAACAGAAUUUUGGAGCUUCUCUGCAAAGCAAAAUGAAUCUUUUCUGUUUUUCACUGGAAGGUUCCAUGGAUAGCUUAUAUGAGCCAGUCCAAGAGCAUCAAGAGUCCAAGGACACUAUGAGCAUUGACAGCAGGUCUAGCACUCCACUGACCACUUAUGUGAAAUGGGGCCCACCAGACAGAUCCAUGUCUUUGGAAUUUUCUGACUUUGAAAACACCCUGACCAAAAAGAGAAAAUCUAUCCAGAAGUCUGUGUCUGAAAAUGAAGCAUUUGAGAGGAAAACUGUGAAUGGCACUCUUUGGCAGAAUUCCAAGAAGCCCGAGAAUGAUUCGUACAUCAGAAGGCACUGUCAGCUUGAAGAGCUCAGUGAAAAUAAUCUUGUAGAUGAUAGCGUACAUUUACUGCAAGGAAAAAAGGUAGAACAAACCACAUGUGAGGUGGUGAAUUAUGAGCAAUGGAUUCCACCCCAAGCCCCAAGUCCAAGCGGGUCUAGCAACAGUGAAAUGGUGGCAGAAUCAGAUGAUAACAAAGCUGAAUCAAUGGGAACAUUAAAACGAUUGCAGAAAUUGGUGAGAAACAAAAAAGCCAAUGCCCAGAGUUUGGAUGAUGCCAAACAUGUUUUGAUACCUCUCAAUUCAUUCUAUGAUAUUAAUCUGUCAGAAAAGGAGGAUGCACUGACUUCUUGCAUGAAACUGACAAAACCUCAGGAAAAGAAGUUCUGGAAAGAGCUUGCAAGGCAAAAGGAAGAAAUUGAGAUGAGACCAGAUUUUAUUGCUGCUUCCCUGGGGAGAUCAUACACUUCUGGACCAAACAAUUUUGGGGAUAUUUGCAUCUAUCCAGAUACUGAAUUUCAGUUGUGGAGUGACUGGAAGCCCUUUCCUGAUAACCAGCUUUGUCCAUGUGACUUCUUGAUCUCAAAAAUAGAAGACUGGGAGAACUGUAUUUGCUGUUCUCAUCAUUCACGUGUUACGUGUUCCCUUACCGAUAUGGAUCUCUCAUAUUCAUGGCGCACAAGUAGUUUUGGAACCUUUGACCGCUUUAGGCAUCAUUCAGUUUCGAAGCCAGAUGAUUCAGUUGAGGUAACUGAGGUGGAGACUAUAAGUGACCUUGGAGAUGCAGGACAGAAUAAAAUGGCAGGAAAUGGAAGUGGUUUGGGAAAGAAGAUGCGGGCCAUUUCUCUGACCAUGAAGAAAAAGAUGGGUAAAAAGUACAUCAAGGCACUCUCCGAGGACAUGAAUGAAGAAGGCAAAGAUGACAGUGAUCCUGGAGGUGGAGGACAUACAGAAAAGGCCUCUUUAAAAGCCAGUGACUCUAUGGACAGUCUCUAUAGUGGCCAAAGCUCAUCUAGCGGAGUCACUAGUUGUUCAGAUGGAACCAGCAACAGGGACAGCUUUAGGCUUGAUGAUGAAGUCCCUUAUAGUGGACCAUUCUGUGGCAGAGCCAAAGUACACACCGACUUCACUCCAAGUCCUUAUGAUACUGAUUCUCUAAAAAUCAAGAAAGGAGACAUUAUCGACAUUAUCUGCAAAACCCCCAUGGGUAUGUGGACUGGCAUGCUGAACAACAAAGUGGGCAAUUUCAAAUUCAUUUAUGUGGACAUUAUUAUGGAAGAGGAAGCAGCUCCCAGGAAGAUCAGGGCACACCGAAGAAGCAGAAGGGCAAAGCCUAAAACCUUGCAGGAACUCUUAGAGCGGAUCCAUCUGCAGGAAUACACAUCAACUCUCUUGCUAAAUGGCUAUGAGACUUUGGAGGACUUGAAGGAUCUACAAGAAAGCCAUCUGAUUGAGCUGAAUAUUACAGACCCAGAAGACAGGGCCAAGCUACUGUCUGCAGCUGAAAGUCUACAAGACUAUGAAACUGAACAAGAGCAUGAAAAUGAGAAAGUGCCCCUGAGUUUAAGCCCUGACCUGAGCUUUAACAAGUCACAGUUAAAUGACUGUCCAAGAGACUCUGGCUGUUACAUCUCAUCAGAAAAUUCAGAUAAUGGUAAAGAAGAGCUGGAUCCAGAAACCCUGUCCAACUUAGUACAGACAAUCAGUAUCACCGAGUCAAACUGAUUCUGUCCGUGUGCUUUUCUGCAGCUUUGCAGAUAUGACUAGCUGAUACGUGAAGCUAACUUGUUAGUGUGGCAGCAUAGCAGUAGUCUGCAAAAUAUCCUCGACAGUGAACACCCUCGUAGGAUUUCCACAUGAAAUACUGUGUUUUAGACUAUAUUCAGUGUUUGGAUAUUGCCUAGCUAAAUCUUGCAUGGUGAGAACAGUGCCCCAGGAUUUACUUCUUAAUUAACCCUUGAACAAUUGACUGAAGAGAAAGUGAAAUAAUUGCUAUAUAUUUAUAAAUAGAUUUAUAUAUAUAUGUACAGUAAAUGCAUUUUCUAUAAUAACAGGUAGUGGUUUUAGUGAGUGGCACAUAGUUAUGGUUAUGUUCACUUCCAGAUCCUUCCAAAAUAUUGUACAUAGUAUACAUAUUUAUUAUUUUAAAUCCUGAUAAUAAUUACACCGUAUCCUUUUUUAUUUUCUGAUGUGUGUUGGUUUGCUAUUGUACAAAACAUGCUUUUCAUCAAUACAUCAUCAUAAUGGAAAGGUGAACAGACUGAUUCUGCAAUUGAAAAUAUUGGGCCUGAUUCUCAUUUACAUUAAAGUUGCUUCAUACAACUCUGCCUUAAAGAGCCUCACAAAAGGCUUAAAAGUAAUUUACAGCCAUUUUCAAACCUCUUCACACAUUGUCAUAAUGGUGCAAAAGAACUUUAAGGGAAAUCAAAAUCAGGGCAUCUAUAUUCAAUAACCUUCAGGAAUACAUGGCACACUGAGUUUCUUACAUGCUGUUAUCUUCCCUAGAAAUUCAUGUCUUUUCUGAACAUUGUGAAAAGAAAGUGAGCUAUUUUUCACCAAAUGGAUAUCCACAAUUGAGUUUUUUCAUUUGUUUUUGUGAACCUCCUUCCUCUUGUGCUUAGUCUAGCAUUUGUUAGCAGAAAUAUAUUUGGUUAUGUACAAAUGCCAAUAGCUAAUGCAUAAGUAUAUAUCAUUCUCCCUUGUCUGACAGUAAAUUCUCAUUCCCUAUGUAUUUUAUAUUGGAAUAAAUAUUUAAUUUCUUGUUUUCUUCAUAAAGUACUUCUAUUGACAAUAAACAGAAGUAUGUGAUUGA